AUGGUGCAUCUAAACAAUGUGAUACUCUGAUUAACAGCAACAAAGCUUCAAAUCCUUUCUGUUUGGAAGACAAAAAUAACCAAAAUAAGUUCACCAAAUUUCAGAACAACCAGAAUAUCCAAGCCCAGUUUUCUAUUACCUCAUUGAAAAAGAGAAAGAGAAAUGCUGAAUUACCAUAUAAACUAUUUAAUGAAUCCGGCAGUCCUCCUAAAAAAUGGAAGAGACGGAUGGGUACACAUGUAAAAGCCUUUAAUUUUGGUCCAGAAGCUCAUAAAAUGUAUUUCUGCAGUGGCUGUGUAAAUUUUCUUCAAAAUUUUCCCAAUGAUGAUGUAUAUAAAAAAAUAUCCAAGAAAAUUAGUAUGAAUGCAUCAAAAAUUGUUUUAGUCUGGCAACCAUUUGAGAAAGAGAGAUUUGAUAGUAUUCCAAACUAUUUUAUAGAAUUCGGUGCUGUGAAAGAUGUUCGAGAAUGGUGGGCAAAAAAUGGAAAUUCAUAUGAAAUAGGAUUUCAUGUUGUGGCUUAUUUUGAUGAGGAAGCUGCGAAUCGAGCUGUGCAUGGAUUACCUUUGGUGUCUUCAAAUGUUCGCGUUAUGACAUUGAGACACUUGUUGUUAGCAGCAGCUGAAAUUGAAUCCUCGUGCAGUGAUGUAAGUAAUGUUGCCUUACAAUUAGAAAAAUUUCCACAGUCGGUUAAAGAAAAGGAGAAAGAUCUAUGGUUAGUAUUCAGCAAAUAUGUACCUGUAAUUGAUAUACAACGAUGUGACCAGGACCCAACCAAAUUCCAGUUUGAUGUGACUUAUAAAUACUUCACCCAUGCUUUGGCAGCAGAAAUAAGCAUUCAAGUGCAAAUAAAGGCAAGAUACAAAUAUUCAGUAUCUAUGAGGCAAACAUCUAACACUCAAAAGAUUCUCAAGCUGCUAAAAGCAAAACUAAGCUGUCAUUUUCAAGAAAAUUCACCAUCUUUGUUUGCAUUUAAAGACAAACUUAUGUUCAAGAAUUUAAAAAUGUUAUUAGCUAGUUCCCAAGAUCAGCUCAUGAUUUCACAAUAUAACAUUUCAUGUUCAGAAUUGAAUGUUUUACAACAAGAGCUGGGACAGAGUGAAACUCUUGGUCAUGGAGAUCUGCAAUCAAGAUGUAGCAAAGAAAUAAAAUCACAUCUUGUAACUGCUCGUGCAGAAUUGUUACAAAAGAUUGUGUCUAAAAGAAUGGAAAAGAAUAGGAAUUGGCAAUUACAAUUAAAAAAGUGCACUGGAAAUCUCAUAAAACAUAAGCUGCAUUUAUCCAAAAGUGUAAACCCAAAAAAAUUUAAAAAACGAAAACAAAAAAAGUUACCUUUUGAUCAGGUUCCCGUGCAGAAACUGGAGACUGCAGUACAGACAGAGCCUAUCAUCAAGCAGUAGAAAAUGGUACAAGCAGAACUUAUCAUUAAGCAAUUAACAGAUCUAAAUCUUCAUAAGCUUUGUGAAGACAGAAUGGUUAAUGAAAUGGAGAGAAACUCCAGUGAUAUUAAUUUAUCAGUUGCAGACAUAGAGAACAAUGAGUCAUUUGAAGAUGAAAAUAUUUAUGGAUUGCAGUUAAAGCCCAUCAUAAAACCAUCAUUAAAAAACAUGCAGAGUGAUCACAAUUUUAAGAAAAGUGUUCAAACUUCAAAUCACAGCUCACAUGAAUUCAUCAUCAACAAAACUGAGAAAAGUCAAACAACAUUAACUGAUGAAUUCAAACAAGAUUGUUUGGUUGAAGAACCUUUAUCUUAGAAGUUCAAUAUAAAAAUUAAUCUGUGAUUGUAAAAAUAAAUCACUGCUGAACUUGCCUGUAGUAUGGACCACAUUUACUAUUUAUGUGCCAAAUUAUAUUUCUAAAAUCUUAAUUAAAUUACUUAGGAUAUUAUAAGAUUAUUACACAGAAUCUUGUAAUUAGGAUUCACGUUAUGAUGUGAUUGU